AUGGGGGAUCCAGUCCAAAUAGGGGAUAUUAAUCAAAUAGUAGAUGAUGAUGAAGUUCAAACACCACCUACUAUAAUUAAUGGAGUUCAAACACCUCCUUUUACAGCUAGUGAUUACUUGUAUUUGGAAGAUUUCAUUGAUAGAGGUCAAACACACCUUGAAGAUCAAUUUCAAGCACCAACUUUCGAGUUUGAUCUUAAUAGAACUAAUGUGGUUGAGAUUAAUCUUAAUGGACCUGAUGGGGAUGAGGGAAAUCAAGCUAAAGAUAGUGCAUGGGAUUCUCAAAACUUAUCUAAUAGUCAUGAUAGUGAUUUUUGA